AUGGACGAGCACGCCCACGAAAAGGCGGACGCUAGUCACCGCAUCGAAGAGGUCGAGCCGGCCUCCAGGGACUCAUUAUCAGCCUCCACGGCCAACGACGACAACGGCUACAACGACUACGACGAUGCUGAUGACCGUGACGGCCUCUCAGUUGCCAAUGCCGAGGCCGAGUUCCAGGAGCUCCAGAGAGAGUUCACCGGUGUAUCUCGCGCCAGCCGCAGGGGCGGAGCACAUGACCACGGCAACUCUGAAAAGGUAGCGACGGGGGCGGGGGCGGUCAGCGAAUCUGAUGCUGGGUCUGUUUUCGACCUGGAAACAGCACUACGCGGCGAGCUCCACGCCAGCAGCGAGGUGGGCCGCGACAAGCACAUUGGCGUGUACUGGCGCGACCUGACGGUCAAGGGGGUGGGUGGGCGGGCCAACUACGUCGAGACGUUCCCGGACGCCUUUGUCAACUUCUUCGACCUCUUCACGCCGCUGGCGAGGAGGAUGGGGCUGGGCAGGAAGCCGGCCGAGGCCACCAUCCUCCGGGGGUUCUCGGGGGUUUGCAAUCCCGGCGAGAUGGUGCUGGUGCUGGGCAAGCCCGGCUCCGGGUGCACGACGUUCCUCAAGACCAUCGCCAACCAGCGGCACGGGUACUCGGGGGUGACGGGCGAGGUGCUGUACGGGCCCUGGACGGCCGAAGAGUUCGGGCGGUACCGCGGCGAGGCCGUGUACAACGCCGAGGACGACCUGCACCACCCGACCUUGACGGUGGAGCAGACGCUGGGGUUCGCGGUCGAGACCAAGAUGCCGGCCCGGCGGCCGGGAAACAUGUCCAAGGCCGAGUUCAAGGACCACGUCAUCACCAUGCUGCUCAAGAUGUUCAACAUCGAGCACACGCGCAGGACCGUCGUCGGCAACGCCUUCGUUCGCGGCGUGUCCGGCGGCGAGCGCAAGCGCGUCUCCAUCGCCGAGAUGAUGAUCACAAAGGCCUGCGUUCUCUCGUGGGACAACAGCACCCGCGGCCUCGACGCCAGCACUGCCCUCGACUUUGCCAAGUCGCUCCGCAUCCAGACGAACCUGUACAGGACCACCACCUUCGUCUCCCUCUACCAGGCAUCCGAGAACAUAUACAACCUCUUCGACAAGGUCAUGGUCAUCGACGACGGCCGGCAGGUCUUCUUCGGCCCCACCGCCGACGCCCGCGCCUACUUCGAGGGCCUGGGCUUCGCGAAGAGGCCCCGCCAGACCACCCCAGACUACCUGACCGGCUGCACUGACGAGUUCGAGCGCCGCUACGCCCCCGGCCGCUCAGAGGCCGACUCGCCCCACAGCCCCGACACCCUGCUCCGGGCCUUCGAAGCCUCACCCCACCGGUCCGCCCUCGACGCCUCCAUGGCCGCCUACAGGUCCGGCCUGGACGCCGACGCCGACAAGCACGACGAGUUCCGCCUGGCCGUCCGCGAGAGCAAGCGCGCCGCCUCGGGCCGCUCGGCCUACCAGGUCGGCUUCCACCUGCAGGUGUGGGCACUCAUGCGCCGCCAGUUCACACUCAAGCUGCAGGACCGCUUCAACCUCACCGUCUCGUGGGUGCGCAGCAUUGUCAUCGCCGUCGUCCUGGGAGCCUUGUAUCUCAACCUGGCCGAGACGUCGGCCAGCGCCUUCAGCAAGGGUGGCCUGAUCUUCACAGCCCUGUUGUUCAACGCCUUCAAGGCCUUCUCCGAGCUGUCGGGCACCAUGCUGGGCCGGCCCAUCGUCAACAAGCACCGCGCCUACGCCUUCCACCGGCCCUCGGCGCUGUGGAUAGCCCAGAUCUUUGUCGACCAGGCCUUCGCCGCCACCGAGAUCCUGGUCUUCACCAUCAUCGUCUACUUCAUGACGGGCCUGUACCGCUCCGCCGGCGCCUUCUUCACCUUCUACCUCAUGAUCCUGUGCGGCAACAUCGGCAUGACGCUCUUCUUCCGCAUCGUCGGCUGCGUCAGCCCGGAUUUCGACUACGCCAUCAAGUUCGCCGUCGUCAUCAUCACCCUGCUCGUCACCACGUCUGGCUACCUGAUCCAGUAUGACGUGCAGCAGACGUGGCUCCGGUGGAUCUUCUGGAUCAACGUGCUCGGGCUUUCGUUCAGCGGCAUGAUGAUGAACGAGUUCAGCCGCAUCGACCUGAAGUGCACGUCCGAGUCGCUCAUCCCAUCGGGUCCCAGCUACGGCGACAUCGAGAACCAGGUGUGCACGCUGGCCGGGUCGACGGCCGGGUCCGACGUCAUAUCGGGCUCCCAGUACAUCCGGCAGGCCUUCCAGUACAACCCCGACGACAUCUGGCGCAACUGGGGCAUCGUCAUGGCCCUAAUCGUCUUCUUCCUAAUCCUCAACGUCGUCCUCGGCGAGCUCGUCCGCUUCGGCAUGGGCGGUAACACGGCCAAGGUCUUCACCCGGCCUAACCGCGAGCGCAAUGAGCUCAAUAGCAGGCUGGCCGAGAGGCGCGAGGCCCGCCGCGCCGAUAAGUCGGACGAGCAGGGCGCCGGCAGCACGCGCAUGAACUCGGAGAGCAUCCUCACCUGGGAGAAGCUGUGCUACGACGUCCCCGUGGCCGGCGGCACGCGCCGCCUCCUCGACGAUAUCUAUGGGUACGUGCGGCCGGGCGAGCUGACGGCGCUGAUGGGCGCAUCGGGCGCCGGCAAGACGACACUCCUCGACGUCCUGGCGUCGCGCAAGAACAUUGGCAUCAUCACGGGCGACGUGUUCGUGGACGGGGCCAGGCCUGGCCGGCAGUUCCAGCGCUCCACGUCGUACGCCGAGCAGAUCGACCUGCACGAGCCGACGCAGUCGGUGCGUGAGGCGCUGCGCUUCUCAGCCGAGCUUCGCCAGCCGCACGGGACGCCGGUAGCCGACCGUCACGCCUACGUCGAGGAUAUCAUCCACCUCCUGGAGAUGGAGGACAUGGCCGACGCCAUAAUCGGCACGCCCGAGGCCGGGCUGACGGUCGAGCAGCGCAAGCGCGUCACCAUCGGCGUCGAGCUGGCCGCCAAGCCCGAGCUCCUGCUCUUCCUCGACGAGCCCACUUCCGGCCUCGACAGCCAAAGCGCCUUCAACAUCGUCCGCUUCCUCAAGAAGCUCUCGGACGCCGGGCAGGCUAUCCUGUGCACCAUCCACCAGCCCAACGCCGCCCUGUUCGAGAAUUUUGACCGGCUCCUCCUCCUCCAGCGCGGUGGCCGCACCGUCUACUUCGGCCCCGUCGGCACCGACGCCCGCGUCCUGCGCUCCUACCUCUCUCGCCACGGGGCCGAGGCGGCCCCCACCGACAACGUCGCCGAGUUCAUGCUUGAGGCCGUCGGCGCGGGCAGCAAGCCGCGCAUCGGCGACCGCGACUGGGCCGACAUCUGGGCCGGCAGCCCGGAGCUGGUCGAGGUCAAGGCCACGAUCGCUCAGCUCAAGCAGGAGAGGACCGGGGCCGCCGCCGCUACCGCCGCGGCAGAACGUGACCAGGAAAAGGAGUACGCGUCCCCGGUCGCGCACCAGAUCGAGGUGGUGUGCCGACGCAUGGUGCGGUCGUACUGGCGGUCACCCAACUACCUGUUCACGCGCAUCUUCAAUCACGUGGCCGUGUCUGUCAUCACGGGCCUCACCUUCCUACAGCUCGACGACUCGCGCAUCUCGCUCCAGAACAAGGUCUUCGUCAUGUACCAGGUCAACGUGUUGCCGGCCCUGAUCAUGUCGCAAGUCGAGGUCAUGUUCCACGGCAAGCGGGCCAUCUACUUCCGCGAGUCGUCCUCCAAGAUGUACUCGCCGCUGACCUUUGCGACGGCCAUGACGCUGGCCGAGCUGCCAUACUCGGUCUUCUGCGCCGUCGUCUUCUUCCUGCCCAUCUACUAUAUGCCGGGCUUCCAGGCCGACUCGUCCCGCGCGGGCUUCCAGUUCCUCAUGGUCCUCGUGACCGAGACGUUUGCCGUGUCGCUGGCCCAGGCCCUCGCCUCCCUCACGCCCAGCGCCCGCAUCUCCUCCCAGUUCGACCCCUUCCUCAUGAUCACCUUCUCGCUCUUCUGCGGCGUCACCAUCCCAUACCCGCAGAUCCCGCACUUCUGGAAGUCCUGGCUCUACCAGCUCGACCCCUUCACUCGUCUCAUCGGCGGCAUGGUCGUCACAGCCCUCAAGGGCGUCCCCGUCCACUGCAAGACCGGGGAGCUCAGCUCCUUCUCCGCUCCCGAGAACAUGACCUGCGGAGAGUACAUGCAGCCUUACUUCGACGCCGGCGCCGCCGGUUAUCUCGUCAGCAACGACACCCAGGACUGCCGGUACUGCGCCUACUCGGUCGGCGAUCAGUUCUUCAAGCCCCUCAACCUGUCCUUUGACAACCGCUGGAGGGAUCUCGGAAUCUUUGCUUGCUAUAUUGUCAGUAACCUGGCUAUUCUAUUUCUUGCGGUGAGCUCGGACCAUGCCCUUUCAUGCCCCUAUUCCAUUUCCACAUCAGAUUCUCAGAACUGA